GCACAGGCGAACGAGCGGGCCGGCCCUUCGCCGGGUGCGCCUGCGCAGAAGCGAGGCGCGCCGGGGCGGCUGGAGCGGUUCCCUCGCAGGCGGCGCCAUUUUGUGCUAGGAGCCGAGAUAAAACCGGCCCGGUUGUGUGUAAAGGGGGCGGCGGAACCAGGGUCCCUGGAAUGGCGGAGACUCUGUCAGGCCUAGGAGAUUCGGGUGCGCCGGGCGCAGCGGCUCUGAGUUCCGCCUCGUCGGAGACCGGGACGCGGCGCCUCAGCGACCUGCGGGUGAUCGAUCUGCGAGCGGAGCUGAGAAAACGGAAUCUGGACUCGAGCGGCAACAAGAGUGUUUUGAUGGAGCGGCUGAAAAAGGCAAUUGAAGACGAAGGUGGUAAUCCUGAUGAAAUUGAAAUAACCUCAGAAGGAAACAAGAAAACAUCAAAGAGAUCCAGCAAAGGGCGUAAACCAGAAGAAGAGGGUGUGGAAGAUAACGGGCUUGAGGAAAAUUCUGGGGAUGGACAGGAGGAUGUUGAAACCAGUCUGGAUAACUUGCACGAUAUGGAUAUAAUAGAUAUCAGUGUAUUGGAUGAAGCAGAAAUUGAUAAUGGAAGCAUUGCAGAUUGUGUAGAGGAGGAUGAUGCUGAAAAUCUCCCAGAGUCCCCAGCUGAUAGUAGAGAGCUAAUCCAGGAAGAAAUGAAAGAUCUUCCAGAGCAACUUCAAGAACAUGCUGUGGAGGACAAAGAAACUAUAAACAAUUUAGAUACUUCAUCAUCCGACUUCACUAUAUUACAGGAAAUUGAAGAGCCAUCCCUGGAGCCAGAAAAUGAGAAAAUACUCGACAUUUUGGGGGAAACUUGUAAAUCUGAGCCAGUAAAAGAAGAAGGUUCCGAGCUGGAGCAGCCAUUUGCACAGGAUACAAGUAGCGUGGGGCCAGACAGAAAGCUUGCGGAGGAAGAGGACCUUUUUGACAGCGCCCAACCGGAGGAGGGUGAUUUAGAUUUGGCCAGCGAGUCAACACACGCUCAGUCGGGCGAGGCAGACAGCCUGUUAGCGGUAGUGAAAAGGGAGCCCGUGGAACAGCCAGGCGAUGGCGAGAGGAUGGACUGUGAGCCUGUAGGGCUAGAGCCGGCAGUUGAGCAGAGUAGUGCAGCCUCCGAGCACGUGGAGACCUGUAGCGAGGAGGUCGCAGAAGCGCCCACAGAAGAAGCUCCAAGUCCAGAAGGCAGAGAUAGCAAAGAAGACGAGAAGAAGUUUGAUUUUGAAGCUUGUAAUGAAGUCCCUCCGGCUACUAAAGAGUCCUCAACCAGUGAGGGCGCUGAUCAGAAAAUGAGUUCUGUUGAAGAUGACUCGGAUACAAAAAGGCUUUCUAAAGAGGAAAAGGGUCGUAGCAGUUGUGGCAGAAACUUCUGGGUUAGUGGGCUUUCUUCUACAACCAGAGCUACAGAUUUGAAGAAUCUCUUCAGCAAAUACGGAAAGGUGGUGGGUGCAAAGGUUGUGACAAAUGCCCGGAGUCCUGGAGCUCGCUGUUACGGCUUUGUCACAAUGUCCACAGCAGAGGAGGCAACAAAAUGCAUUAACCACCUGCACAAAACGGAGCUCCAUGGGAAGAUGAUUUCUGUGGAAAAAGCAAAAAAUGAACCUGCUGGGAAGAAAACCUCUGACAAAAGAGACAGUGAAGGGAAGAAAGACAAGUCAAGCAACAGUGACAGAUCUGCAAACCUUAAGAGGGAUGAUAAAGCUGACAGAAAAGAUGAUGCUAAAAAGAGUGAAGAUGCAAGUGGAGAAAAGAGUAAGGACCAAGAUGACCAGAAACCUGGCCCCUCAGAGCGAUCUCGUGCUACAAAAUCAGGAAGCCGAGGAACCGAGCGGACUGUAGUAAUGGAUAAAUCUAAAGGGGUACCUGUUAUUAGUGUGAAAACAUCUGGAUCCAAAGAAAGAGUUUCCAAAAGCCAAGAUCGAAAAUCAGCUAGCAGGGAGAAGCUUUCCGUUGUGUCCUUUGAUAAGAUCAAAGAGCCUAGGAAGUCAAGAGACUCGGAGUCACGUAGCAGGGUACGAGAGCGCAGUGAGCGGGAGCAGCGCAUGCAGGCGCAGUGGGAGCGUGAGGAGCGGGAGGAGCGUGAGCGGCUAGAGUUCGCCCGGGAGAGGCUGGCCUUCCAGCGGCAGCGGCUGGAGCGUGAGCGCAUGGAGCGUGAGAGGCUGGAGCGCGAGCGCAUGCAUGUGGAGCAUGAGCGCCGGCGGGAGCAGGAGCGCAUCCACCGGGAGCGCGAGGAGCUGCGGCGCUAUGAGCAGGAGCGGAGGCCUGCAGUGCGUCGGCCCUAUGACCUGGAUGGCCGGCGAGAUGAUGCCUAUUGGCCAGAAGCCAAGCGGGCUGCCCUGGAUGACCGCUAUCAUUCUGACUUCAACCGCCAAGAUCGCUUUCAUGACUUUGACCACAGGGACCGAGGCCGCUACCCUGACCACUCAGUUGACAGGAGAGAAGGUUCAAGGUCAAUGAUGGGAGAAAGAGAAGGACAGCAUUACCCUGAACGCCAUGGAGGACCAGAGCGCCAUGGCCGGGACUCCCGAGAUGGCUGGGGGGGCUAUGGCUCUGACAAGAGGCUAAGUGAAGGCCGGGGGCUGCCUCCUCCCCCCAGGGGCAGACGGGACUGGGGGGACCGAAGAGAGGAUGACCGGGCAUGGCAAGGUGCAGCUGAUGGAGGCAUGAUGGACAGGGAUCACAAGAGGUGGCAAGGUGGUGAAAGAAGCAUGUCUGGCCACAUGAUGAACCAGGGAGGGAUGUCAGGGCGUGGCAGCUUUGCCCCUGGUGGGGCCUCCCGGGGCCACCCAAUCCCACGGGGCAGAAUGCGAGGCGGGUUUGGAGGCCAGAGUCGAGGGAGCAGGCCCAGCGACAGCCGCUUCACUCGCCGCUACUAAAUACUUUGAACCCUGUGUCCUGUCAUGUGGCAACAAGACUAUGUUCUGUUAGAAGUUAUCUUAAACUGUGUAAAAAUAUUUUUUUUAUCUGCUGCCAUAUUAUAGCUCAACACAAUGUGAAUUUGUUUUUUGUUUGUGUUUUUUUUUUGUAAUAAAUGUGUUUCUGUUCACAUACCCUUUA